AUGAGUUCGAGUUUUUUCCACUUUAUCUUAGUCCUCUUAACGAAUUUGUGUGUCACACAAUCACAUGUUAGUGUUAAGGAAGUAUUCAAAAAGGACGGAGACGUCAAUGUAGCCCUUAUUUUACACAACGAUUGUAACAGCACAACAGUUCUAACACAGCAAGAGCAAUCGUUGGUUAAUUCGGCGAUUUGGACAGUGCACCAGUUGAAUUAUUCGGAGAUUAUCACUUUUGGUUUGUCGAUUUACAAGGCUUGCAACGAGAAAGAAGAAUACCAAACUGUGUUUGAACUGUUCCAAAAACAAGACGAAAAUUUUCUUUUGGGACUAAUUAGCACGUCGUUAAAGCCACAAAUUCGCAAACUUUGUGAUGCACUAGAUUUGGUUAUUCAAGCGACUGUGAAGUGUCCUACACCGUUAGUUGAAGCUUCAAUUGAGUUGUUAAAACGUCUAAAUUGGAUUGAAAAUGUGACCGUGAUUGCUCCCAAUGAAUUCAUUCUAAAUGAGUUUGCAAUUAUUUCACGGAAAAAGUGGAUCUGCGUUAGAGAUUUUGUAACAUACAAGUCGUUUGUACCCUCACGGAACUACACAAACGAAUACAUUGUAAUUUUUGCAAACACUAUAGUUUUCAAAACAUUCGUUGAAAAUUCCAACACAUCAAAUAUCAUAUUUGUUCCUGAGGACGAUUUUGUUCAAAAUGAUCUACCCGAAAACAGCUACGUCAUAAGCAGCAAAUCCUUCAACACCGAACAAAAUGUUUACACGCCCACACCUCAACUAUUCGAAGUCGCAAUCCCUCUUGUAAACUACGCUCAAAACUUAAACAAUGAAAACUGCAAUGAAACGAAUUACAAACAGUGCCUCAAAACCAGUUGCACUGUCCCCCAAACAUUACUAGACCCAACUGAAAUCGCAAGACUGCUCAAAAUUGAACCGUCCAGUAUUAAUUAUUUCAUCUACAAGUCUGAGAACUUGACACUCAACAAACUAUUCGCCUAUAACAUCUUUACGAACAACUUAACAAUGCUAGAACCCAUCGAUUUGAACCAAACGAUGUUAAGUUGCCUUGCGGUCAAAGACGGUUGUCGACAACAAUGCAAAAACUUUCACAGCCAAAUGAAACUAAUUUCCUCGAACUGCGAUAUUCGGAUACGAACCGAAUCGUGGAUUUUUGCCUUCUUGUCACUAUCUCUACUGGGUGUUUUGUUUUGCAUUGCAAUUUUAGUUUUUCUCUUAGUUUCAGUUUGUCGUAAAAAUGUUCUUGAAGGCAAUCCCGUCUUGACAAUUCUACUGUUGUUCACUGUAAUGGUCAUGUUUUGCUCAAUCGUUCCGUUGUCUUUAGAAGGCAAUAAGUGGGCCAAACGUUCGAUUUGUAUGGCACGUGCUUUGUCCAUAACGCUCAGUUUUGCAGCAGCAUUUUCCCUAAUGCUCAGUCGCAGCAUUGUUUUAGCAACAGCUUCCAAAGAAAUCGGGUUCAUGUCACACGUUGCUGGUCCAGUUCAGAGUUUUUUGUGUCUUUUUAUUUUUGGGGUCCAAGCAGCUUUGAGUUUGCAAGUCUUUAAUCACUGCGAGGAUAUUUUCCGAGGCCAGUCGUUCAUUUACAUUUUAUCAUACAAUAUAAUUUUGCUUCUUUUCCUCUUGUGUUUCUGUCCCUUGAUUUUUAAAUGUCAGAGGAACUAUCGCGAGGGCAAAUAUUUCACGUUCGCCACAAUUAUCACCUCCCUUUUGUGGUGUUUCUGGGUCCCGGCUUAUUUACUCCUCGGUGAUUAUUACAAAGAUUCCGUUCUUUGCUUCGGUUUGGUGUCCACAGCCAGUGUUCUCCUGGCCACAAUUUUCGUUCCACGUACUUAUUUGAUGACAAUUGCCGCAGCUCGUGACAAGAUCACAAGCACUUUACCGUCUCUUGCUUCAGCUACAAGUGCGAUGGAUAUUUACAGGACCGGAGCGCAGCCGGUUUAUGACUGUGUCAAUGUGGCCGCAAUUAAUGCGGUAAGAGUGGCAGCUAUUCAGCAUCCAGAUCUCUAUUCUUGUCCGAAUUUGCCGGAAGAUGAGUUUGAUUUGAGGUGCGAAACGCCGGUUGCGGAUGAUAAAGUGACGAGGUUUUGAGGUCAUGAAUUGUUUGCACAAUAAUGGAAAAAGGACAGGAUGUGUAAUUUACAUUACGAACUGUUUCCGUCAAAGGGAUCAGAUUAAAACUUUAUUUUAUCGUGGCAUCAACUCACCCUGGAGAAAGUAUACAGUGUUAUUCACGUGAGACGUCGAGCGUUUUAAAAAUUAAAUCAAUCUAACCUAAUUUUUAAUAAAUUUAUUUUUCGAGCGUUUUAUAUAAAGUUACGUAAAGAAUGUAUUUUGUUUGUAUAUUACCUACUUUUCUAAGGCUCGACAUGUUACGCAAAUAGCGGUGUAGAUAAUUGUCAAGGUCACAAAUCCGGAUUUUAGGUUGAGAAGAGUAAAUUAUUUAGGGUGUGUAUAUUAUUUAAAACCUUUAUAAAAUAAGUGUCAGUACUAAUUGUAAAAAUAAUACAAAUUUUAUGUGAAAAGAUUACAAAAAAAUCUAAAUAAGUUAUAACAAUAAAAAAUUUCUAAAUUA